AGAAAGCAUGGAAGAAAGCUCCAGUUCUCCUGUUUCCCCUGUGGAUAGCUUGGGGACCAGCGAAGAGGAGCUGGAGAGGCAGCCAAAGAGAUUUGGCAGGAAGAGAAGAUACAGUAAGAAGUCCAGCGAAGAUGGCAGCCCCAACCCAGGCAAGAGGGGGAAGAAGUCCAGUCCCAGCUCCCAGUCCUACGAAGAACUGCAGAGCCAGAGGAUCCUGGCCAACGUCAGAGAGAGGCAGAGGACUCAGUCGCUCAACGAAGCGUUCGCCGCCCUGAGGAAAAUCAUCCCCACGCUGCCCUCGGACAAACUGAGCAAAAUCCAGACGCUGAAGCUGGCGGCCAGGUACAUAGACUUCCUCUACCAGGUGCUACAGAGCGACGAGAUGGACAGUAAGAUGACGAGCUGCAGUUACGUGGCUCACGAGAGGCUCAGUUAUGCCUUCUCCGUGUGGAGGAUGGAGGGAGCGUGGUCCAUGUCGGCCUCCCACUAGCCACCGGCUGCCCCUGGGACUGUCCAGCGUCUGCAACUGAAGUGGAAUUGGGAUUUAUCCAAGUUUGUAGCUUCUGAAACCUUAAAAACCUCAAGUAAACUGGUCCAAAAGACCCCUCUUGACCUGCCUGGCUCUGAACUCUUGGUGGAGCACUUGGGCUGAGCAGAGACCAGCACCGACCAGGCUGAGAUUGCAGCAUCUCCCCCCCAAGGCCCCGACCAGCGAGGAGAGGAGAAGGAACAUUCCUGCUUGUCCGUGGCCGUCGGGUUUCGUGUCUGUCUGUCCUCGUCUUUGGUGGGUUUUAGCUCUAAUUUUUUUUUUUUUUUCCCUAGAAAAAAAAAAUAACCCCAGAGAAAUCUUAAUUCAGGAGCACAUUGAUGAAACGUCUUUGGGUUGGGGUUUUCUCCUCCUUAACUGUAUCUUUUUGGGGGUGUGUUGUUU